GUAAUAUGUUUAUCAUUAAAUAUUAUUUUUCUAGUUAUUGCUAAUACUGAAGAUGAUCCUGAAGAAGAAGGACCCACUCCUCCAGCAGUACCUCAUAUUAAUAAUGAUACUACUGACAGAGACAGUUUUGAUGAAAUAUACAAAACUUACGAACUAACCAACUUUGAUAGACUCCUGAGUACAUCUGUUGUAAGGACUGGAGAUAAUGUUGUGUCCCUUGAUAGUGAAGGUGGUGCUAUUCAAGGUAAUCCUUUUGUAGUGAGAGACAAAAUGAAGAAGAAAGUGGGCGGCUCCAGCAGUUCCAAGAUGGCUGCUAAAAGAGGAUUCAGUUUUGGUAUACCACAGACUGAGCCAGCAGAAGCUGAUGAGUAUUCAUCAGACAGUGAGCCUGAGGAUGAGAGGACUGGUGAUCAGUACUCACCCAAACAACAAGACUCUAAUGUCACUACUAACACUCACUCCUUCACUUCUUGUUGUACUCCCAAUGGACUCCCCAGUUCUAUUGAUUACUAUGGGUUUGAGUGUAGGGAUCCUUCAAAAGAGGACAUGAAAACAUGUGAAAGGUUUGACAGGUUGUACCAGUUAUCCUGCAUUCCUCUUGAACCACAAACUGAUAAGGACCUAACACUCACAGCAAAGAAGGUCCAAGAAGAGAAGUUCCUCUGGAAACUAACCUCUGCCUAUAGUACGGACAACAGUUUUCGAAUAACCCCACCCACAGUAUCAGAAGAGAAUAAGAAGAUGUACGAUGACUAUUGUAAAGUAGCUAGAUAUGGUCCUCAUCCAAUUUCAGAUGAUGACAUAGCUAUGCACUCACAAUUUGACAGAUGAUUAUUUUAUUGUGUGUUAUAUAUGACUAUUUGAUUAUGUGUUCACCAUUUUCUGUGGUGUUCGGUUUGUGUGUUUUAUCCCAUGAGUGUUUGAAUAAUAAUAUUG